AUGACCACCGUGCGCCUGAGAAGUCCCGAUGGGAAUCCUAUUGUAUUCGAGAUGCCUGAGAACAGCACCGUGGCAGACCUUGUGAAGAGGGGAUUCCAGGAGCUUAAUAUUAGACCUGUGGAGUUUGUCGAUGCGUAUAUAGGUGACCAGCCUCUGCCAGCAAAUGACUUACUCAAGGCACACCAGGAGGCCGACGAUACCGCUCUUGCAGUGUACUUGGCGCUCCCGAAUGAGGUGCUGUACGAAUACACGCGAGCGGUCGCAGCGCUGUCCAACGAUAAUGAUUCCUUCACUCCUGGCGAGGAGAGAAAUACGCCAGCUCAGACGAGACUGGAACAGCGUGAAUAUAUCACCUCCGAUAGCGUCGACGAGGUUAAGGUGAACUGGAUGUUCCAACUUGAAGAGAUGGUAGAGUCGCUAAAAUUUCCGGAUGCUGAAUCGCGCGAGCUACCCCAAAUAAGCAUCCUCUGGCUGGACGCGAUUGCUAGGGCCCAGUAUAACGCCUACAGCGAACGCAGGUCUCGCACUGUGAUUGAGGCCUUUCUGAUCCCCGCCCUGGCAAUGGCCAACACUGGCGUCAACUACAGCAAUCACGAACCUACAUGUAUUUCUAGCCUCAAACCUCAGCCCCUGGCGGAAUUUUCCCUAGUUCCAGAAGCAAAGUUGGUCACGUCUGUCGAGUAUACCUUCAACUCCAAGGCCAAAACAAUAUAUCAUAUCAACGGUCGUGUCGACUGGGGAAUCGGUGCUUACGAUGUUACUACACGCAGAAUUAAACUUCUUGUCGCCAUCGAGGCCAAGUCUCAGGUCAACUGGGGAGAGGCACGGGGCGAGUUGCUUCUAUACAUGGCGACCAUACAAAAUGAGCGGAAGGUCAACAGUCAACGUAUGGCUCCUGUCCAUGGCUUUUGCAGUGAUGGGGAUAUAUAUCUGUUUGCUAUCCUGCAUGAGAAUUCCAAGUAUCAGUUCACCAAGCCGCUCCCGACCGCUUCCUACGAAGAACGAUGCACCGUUUUUAGCAACAUGGUGUACAUUCUUCAGCAGGCCAAGGCUGCAGCAGCUAGUAUCUGUGAACUCCCGCAUUAA